UUAUUUUGCAGUAUUAUGCCAUCAGUGCGGCGCUUGCCGCUACUCCACUAGAAUGGCCAAGUCUGACGGCAAAGCAGGAGAUUCUCAGGCAGAUGAUUCUGGUGUGUUGAAGCUCGCAGAGAAGGAACGGAAGAGGCAGAAGAUGCUGGACUCUGGUUUUACUGAAGCAGAGAUCAUGGCUAUGGAGUUCUCACAGGAACAUGGGAUGUAUCAGAACCGAUUGACGAAUGCCGAUGUUCGAGGAGACAGUACCGAGAAGAAAGAGAAGAAAAAGAAGAAGAAGAAGAAGAAGAAGUCCAAGAAAGAGAAGAAAGCCAAGACGCCAGAUGGAGAAGUGAUAGAUUUGGACAGCAGCAAGGAAGAUGAUGAGAAGAGCAAGGAGAAGAAGCAUAAGAAGAAGAAAAAGAAGGAAAAAAAGCACCACCAUCAUCACCACCACCGUGAGCAGGAUGGAGACGAAUCUGUGAGCACCUCUGGGCUACUCCAAUGUGACCCGGAGGAUGAUGAUGAGUCGCGACCUGCGGAUCCUUUCAACCCUCUGAAUGAGGCCUACGACGUUGGAAAGUAUGAGGAACUCCAGCACCGGCAUAAGCGAAGGCGUACGCAUGGACGGCGAUGGGAUCAUGACUGGUAUCGUCAACGAUCACCGUCACCGAUACGAGAGAGGACGGAUGGGCCGAUGUGGGAUACACGAGCAGGGUCUUGGAGGAGUCGAGCGGGGGGAGUGUGUUUGGCUCCCACAGAAGAAGAUCAAGAGGAAGAGCCAGCACGGUAUAAGAUACCGUUGAGGGUUCAGUUGUAUGAAAGAGAAAAGGAAAAGUGGGAGCAAGAAGAGACUCAAUGGCCGCAGCAGGAUCAGGGAGACAACUGGGCAGCAUCGCCGCCCGAACCCACAGAGGAGGUGGAUGAGGGGCCUCGGCCUAGGCGAGGAAGUCCGGUCUAUGUGCUAGACGAACCCCUUUAGUUCCCAUCCAGCCUCGUUUCCAUCGUGUUU